AUGUCGGUGGUUUCCGCCGGAGGACGCCGUAGUGGUUCGCGUAGCUCUGGACGUGAUAUGCGUUGGGCACGUAGAACAGCUCAAUCAGAUAUUGUUGAACCAUUUAUCCCAAGAUUCUCAGCAGUAUUAAAUGAAGGAAGAACUGUUUCACCACCCAAGAAUGAAUGGGGCGAGAACACAACAGUGUUGACUGGUGCUACAAGCGAACUUUCUUUUAAUGAGCCAGAUAAACCAGUUUUUGAAGUUCCUGUUGGUAGGCUUAUAACUAAAAAAUGUUCUCGUUUCUGUUGGCUUAUGUUAGCCACGUUGAUCUCUUUUCUUGCAAUUAUAUCAGCUCCACUUAUGUGUUCAAUUCCUUUUAUUCUUGAUUUGUAUAUCAGAGAGCAACCAGUGACCGUAUGCGAUAUGGAUUGCCAAGGAUAUCUUUUAUUGCUAGUAAUCAAAACAUUUUUGCUUAUUGUUGCUUUAAGUGCGCUGCAUUGGAGAAAAGCAGCAGCAGAUUUUCCAAGAUUAUACUUUGCCAGAAUCUCUUUAACAUUUUUUGUGGCUUUUAUUCUAUUUGCAUAUUGGCUCUUCUUCUGUGUUCGUGUAUUGUUUGAGCAAAGAGAGAAUUAUACAUAUAUAGUCACAUUCUCUUUGUCUCUGCUGGAUGCAUUACUAUACUCUCAUUAUAUUUCCGUUAUCGUCCUAGAGCUUCGUAAAUUACGUCCUAUGUAUACGGUUACUAUUGUGCGUGAUCCCGAUGGAGAAACCCAUAGUGUCAAGAUAGGUGAAAUGGCAUUACAAGAAGCGGGUAUUGAGAUUCUGAGAGUUUAUAACACCGUCUUUAGUUCUUUCAAUCCAGCCCUUCAUAAGGUCAAAUUCGGUAAGCCAAACGUUAUCUCGGCUAACUCGGGAGGUUUCAAAAUGUAUAACAUCGAAGGAUUCGAUAAUCCGCGUGACACUCUAAGUGAAGUUAAUGCUCGAGCAUUGCUUGAGGCGGCUAGUCGAAGAAGACAUACUGGACAUAACGAAAUGCUUCAAGAUGAAGUGGAAUGGGACCGUCGGUUGAAAAAACGAAAAUAUCGUUUGAUUGUUUCGACGGAAGAUGCUUUUGCUCAUGUUCAAACAUAUAGACAAACGCCCGCGAACCAGACCAGAGAAAAUGUUCUCGCUGAUCCAAUGGAUUCAUGGACUGCAGCUCAAAGUGUAUUCACCCUGAUCGUGCGUCCGCUGAACAAAUAUCUCAAGAUCACUCGUCAACUUCAUAAACAUUCGUCCGAUUCUGUUACACAACACAUAGAAAGAUGCCUGAGUCUCAAACUAAGCGCAAGAACAUUUCUGCAACGUUUUUUCAGUGCACGUUAUCCAUGUGGUAUUUUCAAUGAUGAAUCGAAAUGGUCUAUAAUAUCAGAUGAGCAAGCCUGCUCUCCAGUUCAGCACAACACAACUUUUCUACUUCGUUCUCAUACGAAGGAUGAUGAUGCUGGUGUGCAGCUCUUGUGUACUGUAACCAGAUUGCCAUUCUUCAACUUGACUGAGCAGUCGAAUAUUUCUUUAGGCAAAUUUGCUUUAAAGGUACGUAAUGAAUCUUCCGUGUGA